AUGCCGUCAAGUGUUUUGUACAUAAAACAUGAAGCACAGAGCGUUAUUGCAAAGAAAAUCCAAGAAUAUAAUCGUGCAGUGGCUCGACAGGCUGAAGAAAAGGAACUAAGAGAACGUCGUGAGCGCGUUCGUCGUGCACAAGAAGCAAAUCGAAAGGCUCAAGAAGAAGCUGCAAAG